GCCAGCACUGGAGAAGCACACAGAGGGACUUUGACUCUCCUUUGUGAGUGACCUCCUCCGCCUCCUCCUCCACUCUGCUCCACUCUCUUGCUCUUGCUUCUUCUUCUUCUUGUCUGAAGACCAGAAAAAAAAACAACAGAAACCAUGUCCGUCAGAAACGUAAGCUACAGCAUUGGUGGCAGCAGUGGUUCCGUCAGGAAGAGCUACUCCAGCCACUCUGCCUAUGGCGCUCCAGGAGGCUCCAGCCGGAUCAGCAGUGUCCGUCGCUCUGGUGUAGGCGCUGGCCCUGGCUUCAGUGGCGGUGCCACCUACAGCUUCAGCAGCAGCAGCAUCGGUGGAGGGUAUGGAGGAGGCCUUGGGUCAAGCAUUGGUGGAGGCAUUGGCGGAGGCUUUGGUGGAGGCAUUGGCGGAGGCUAUGGUGGAGGCUUCGUCCCUGCACCCAUCACAGCUGUGACAGUCAACCAGAGCCUCCUGGCUCCCCUCAACCUGGAGAUCGACCCCACCAUCCAGGCUGUGCGCACACAAGAGAAAGAGCAGAUCAAGACCCUCAACAACCGCUUCGCCUCCUUCAUUGAUAAGGUGCGUUUCCUGGAGCAGCAGAACAAAAUGCUGGAGACCAAGUGGAGUCUCCUGCAGGAGCAGACCACCACCCGCUCCAACAUUGACGCCAUGUUCGAGGCCUACAUUGCUAACCUGCGCAGACAGCUGGACGGACUGGGCAAUGAGAAGAUGAAGCUGGAGGGAGAGCUGAAGAACAUGCAGGGUCUGGUUGAGGACUUCAAGAGGAAGUAUGAGGAUGAAAUCAACAAACGUGCUGCUGCAGAAAACGAAUUUGUCCUGCUGAAGAAGGAUGUUGACGCUGCCUACAUGAACAAGAUUGAGCUUGAGGCUAAGGUUGAUGCCCUUCAGGAUGAGAUCAACUUCCUCAGGGCAGUCUAUGAGGCUGAGCUGCGUGAGCUGCAGUCCCAGAUCAAGGACACAUCAGUUAUUGUGGAGAUGGACAACAGCAGGAACCUGGACAUGGACUCCAUUGUGGCUGAAGUGCGUGCUCAGUAUGAGGACAUCGCCAACCGCAGCCGUGCUGAGGCCGAGACCUGGUACAAACAGAAGUUCGAGGAGAUGCAGACCUCAGCUGGUCAGUACGGUGACGACCUGCGCUCAACCAAGGCUGAGAUUGCUGAGCUGAACAGAAUGAUUGCCCGCCUUCAGAACGAGAUUGAAUCAGUCAAGGGACAGCGUGCUAACCUUGAGGCCCAGAUCGCUGAGGCAGAGGAGCGUGGUGAGCUGGCAGUGAAGGAUGCUAAACUCCGCAUUAAGGACUUGGAAGAUGCUCUCCAGAGGGCUAAGCAAGACAUGGCCCGCCAGGUGCGUGAGUACCAGGAGCUCAUGAACGUCAAGCUGGCCCUGGACAUUGAGAUCGCCACCUACAGGAAACUGCUGGAAGGAGAAGAGAACAGAAUCUCUGCUGGAGGAUCCUCUGCAACCAUCCACGUGCAGCAGACCUCUGGAGGUGGUGGUUUCUCCUCUGCCAGCUCUGGAUUUGGCUAUGGUGGUGGAAUCGGAGGUGGAAUCGGUGGUGGAAUCGGAGGUGGAAUGGGCUAUGGUGGAGGCUCAACCAUCACCAAAUCCUCCGUAACAUCUGUCAACCGUUCCAGACACUUCUAAGCAGAUGCAUCCUGAUUCCCUCACCUACCAAGCUGCACCUACACCUACAUGACCCUUUCAACUUAGACCAACUCUACGGUGCUAUUAGUACUAACUAGCAGCCCCUUUUAGAAGUAUGCAACCAGGAGAGGCUCUACUGUCUCUGACUACAGGCUUGUGUUUGAUUGUCCUAGUUUAAAUGAACAUGAGGAGCUUUAUUGGUUUGAUAUCAAUUGUCUGUAAUGUGUGUCUCCUCCUUAGCCAACCAGGAAGCAAAGCUAUAUGUACUGUAUGCAGGUCCAGCAGAUUCCUCCCUCUCACUUUUCAUUCAACUGAAAGCUUAACAUUUAAACCAGGAAGAAUGUAAAAGGGAAAUGUUCGGUCCCAACUUCUGACUUUAUUUUCUGCACUGACAUGUUUGGGGAAAGGAAGACUAGAUGGAGAUUAAAGUUGACAAGACAGAGUAUCUACAUUUAAACCACUGAAGGAAAACAUGUUUCAUUAUUAUGUCCAGAAGCAGUGCCAUACUAACACUAGAUUAGGAGUUUUCAGUACAGGAUCCAAUAGGCUCGUCUCAGUAGAAGUUAUUUUGCUAUCCCACAUCUGCUCUCAGCAAGACGUAACUGUAACAAAGACUGGUCAGCAUGGGCCAGUGACCUUACACUGUGAGCAGAUCUGUUAUGGCAAAAAAGCUGCUACAUGUUGGGCUUGUGAAGGUGGUCCUCUCUAGACUGGUUACAGUGGCACCUUCUGAUUUGGCAGCUGCAAUUUCCAUUACCUUUGUUCUCCAUCCCUCCCCUGUGCUCACAUACACCAGAGCAGAAUUAAGGGUAUCGCUCCCUUUCUCUCAGGCUGUGCCAUACUUGACUUUCUACUUCAUGAAAAAAAAGAGAAAACUGAUUUUAUGCGAGGACCGGAUUUAUUGAUGUCAAUUGACUUUGUAACAACCUAAAACCUGAACAAAAUAAAUCUGAGAUCUAUAAA